UCCGAUGUCACAAGUGACUUAGUCAACAUUUUAUUUACUACAAUGACUUGGAGAAGAUCUUCUGCCUGCUUGGUAAUUCUGCUGCUGAGCUUGUCUGAAAUGACUCACAGUGGCAAUGUGUUGGUUCUUCCUGGUGAAUACAGUCACUGGCACAACAUGCGUGUAAUUGUUGAGGAGCUCAUGGACCGGAAUCACAGCUUGACCGUUCUCACACACUCUGCCUCACCUACACUGAAUCAUGGCCAAAAGGAACGGUUCAACUUCAUGUCUUUUAAAGUCGACAUGGAGCAACAGGAGGUAGACAACUUCUGGAAGAGCUUUAUCAGUGUAUGGAUGGAUGAAAACACUUCCAGCUUUCAAAAGAUGAUCUCGAUUUGGAACUUGAUAUCCAGGUUGUUUUAUUAUACACAGGUUGUGUGUGAUGGAAUGUUUGCUAACAGAGAUCUUAUGACUUCACUGAAGGAAUCACGCUUCGAUGUUCUUCUGUACGAUCCCAUGAUGCCGUGUGCUUACCUCAUAGCAGAAGCUCUUGAGUUGCCCAGUGUGAUGUCUCUCAGAGUCUCUUUGGCGUAUAAUCUCGAGCGACUCUGUGGACAGAUGCCUGCUCCCCCAUCUUAUGUACCUGCAGCUUCCGCUCAGGGGCAUCUCACUGAUCAUAUGGACUUUACAGAGAGAUUAGAGAACAUCCUACACUACAUCAUACACACGGCAAUGUUCAAACUGCAACAAAAGUUAAAAUUUGAUAAAUAUUUCAGCAGAAUAACUGGCAAACCCACAACACUAUGUGACACCAUGAGCAAAGCUGACAUCUGGUUGAUCCGAACUUACUGGGACUUUGAAUAUCCACGGCCGUUCCUCCCAAACUUUAAAUUUGUUGGUGGAUUACACUGUAAACCUGCAAAACCUCUACCAAAAGACAUGGAGGACUUUGUCCAGAGCUCAGGAGAUGAUGGUAUUGUGGUGUUUUCACUGGGAACCAUAAUAAAAAACCUCACCAAAGAGAGAGCGGACACCAUCGCUUCAGCGCUCGGACAGAUUCCCCAAAAGGUCCUGUGGCGAUACACAGGUGAGAAACCAGAAACUCUUGCUCCUAAUACAAGACUCUAUGACUGGAUUCCUCAGAAUGAUUUACUAGGACAUCCUAAAACCAAGGCCUUCAUCACCCAUGGAGGGACUAAUGGAAUAUACGAAGCUAUUUAUCAUGGAGUUCCCAUGGUGGGCCUGCCGCUGUUUGCUGAUCAGCCUGAUAAUCUAAAUCACAUGAAAACCAAAGGACCUGCUGUGAUGCUUGACUUCAACAAAAUGAGAACCGAGGACUUAAAGCAGGCUCUUGAUGAUGUCAUUAACAAUACAUUCUACAAGGAGAGCAUGAUGAGGCUAUCCCGCAUCCACCACGACCAACCGAUGAAGCCGCUAGACCAGGCCGUGUACUGGAUCGAGUAUGUGAUGCGCAAUAAAGGGGCCAAGCACCUGAGGGUUGAAGCACAUAACCUCACAUGGUAUCAGUACCACUGCUUGGACGUUGCUGCCUUUUUACUUUCUGUAAUUGCAUUAGUUGUGUUCAUCUUUGUGAAAACAUGCAGAUUGCUCUUCCGGAAAUGUUGCAGAAAGACCUCAGCAAAGAGCAAGAAAGAGUGAAGCAUCUGUAUAUGAAUGUGUUAAUAAUUACUGUGAUGUUUUGACAUAUAUUUUAGGAAUAAAGCACUAGGUUAAAUGUACACUGUACAAUCCAGAGUUUUUUCUGUUUAAAACAGUAAAGUAAUAAUGAUCAGGUUUACUUUGAAAUGAUUUCAACUCACUUGAAUAAAGCAAUUAAAUAGAUCUUUUAAUCUGUA